AUGAAAAUAUCAACAUGGUGCGGUGAAUAUUGUUGCUCAGUGAUGAUAACUGGUGCAAGUACAGGGCUUGGACUGCAGAUAGUGGAAAGUCUAGUAAACGGAGACAACUCGACCCAGCCAGGUCACAGAAACUUUGAGAAGUGUCCGAGAAAAAUCCCAAAAUUCACAUUGUCACCGUGGGUCCUAACCUUAACCAUCACUCUACAGCCCAAUAAAAGUGGCACCAUAGAGCUGAUCACUAACGUAGUGGCAGAUUUUGGGAGUGUUACAGCUGAAAAAAUGAUGGAGAAUUUUCAGACUAAUGCUGUGGCUCCGCUGAUGAUCACAAAGGCAAACCUUCCUCUGCUAAAGAAAGCAGCAUCUAAAGAAGUAGCCAUGGGCAUUCAAAGAGCAGCCGUUAUCAAUGUGAGCUCUCUGCUGAGCUCAGUGGAGCUCAGCUGGGGGGAAAGGGCAAAUAACUUUAAAUGGUACCCAGAACCUCCAAGUGCUCUGAAUAUGUUAAAUCGCUGUAUGACCAUUGACCUGGAGUCAAAUGGGAUCCUCCGUGUGGCUUUACAUCUUGGAUGGAUUCAAACUGACAUGGGUGGCUCAAAGGCCCCACUGAGUCCAGUGGAGAGAAUUUCUGUAGUCUUCUCUGUGAUAGGAGGGCUGACAGACAAAAACCACAGGUCAUUUGUGAACUUCACAGGGAAGCAGUUACCUUGGUGA